AUGAUCAUCAUGGACCGCCCCAAUAAUCUCAACAUCCCCAAAGACAAGAAGUUUGUGUGCUCGGAUUGCGGCCACUCUUUCACCAGAAGGCAUAACUUGAAAUCUCAUCAGCUAACCCACUCGAAACUGAAACCUUACAAUUGUCCUGAGUGUCAUUCCCAAUUUAGAAGAUCCCAUGACUUGAAAAGACACAAGAAAUCACAUACUGGUGAAAAACCGUUCCAAUGCUUGCAAUGCAGAAGAACCUUUGCCAGAAGUGAUGCGUUGGUCAGGCAUACUAACUCACAAGCAGGAUGCGGCGGCAACGUUAUUACCAAUAAAUCACAUAUUUUGUCAGCUACUGCUAAAUCUAUUCUGGGUGACGCAGUUUCCUUGAUGAAGAUCAAUUCUGGCUCUGAUGGAUCCAGCAGCAUUGCUUCUUCACCUAGCACUAAUAGUAGAUCAAGUGGUCCCACCCAACACAACAAAAGCUUUGAUGACAAUGAAUCACUGUCAUCAUCAUCUUUACAAUCUACAAAUGGCCCCUCUUCAUCUUCAAUAUCUUUGGCUCCUGGAUCAUCACUGUAUCAAGGAACCAAGAUCAUAACACAACAACCCCAUACGACGAUUCUUACAGACCAACAGAAUGUUACUUCUCUUAAUCAAAUAAUCAAUAAAGGAGCUACUGGUUCUGGAUCUUCCAUUGUUGAUCCAAUACCCAAAAAGUAUUAUGAGGAUGAGAAUAAUGUGAAUUCUGGAUCAACAAUAACAUCAUUAACUAAUAUGAUCCCCCGUCAAACAUCUCUGGAUCGUCAAGUUAACCUUUUGGCGCCAAUGACAGAUCUUAAUUCGAUAUUAAAGUACGUCAAAUCGCUAGAAAAUAAAAUUGAGCUGUUGGAGUCCAGAUUGUCGACCAGUGAGGAAAACUAUGAUGUAAUUUGUAAAGAACUAGCAUUACAAAAAGACCGGAAUAAUCCCAUGUUGGGCAAUAAUAACGCUUCUUCAUUACCAAUUGGAGAAAUCAUUCCAAAGAGAAAAAAGGAUUUAGGAUGGUUAUCUGAGCCACAAUUAUUACGCCCAAAGUACCCAUAUUUGCCUUCGAAUGUAAUUGAUAAUCCCCAUAGUCAAGCAAACCCUAUAUCAGCCCCAAAACCACAGCAUCUGCAUCUAAAUCUGCGAUUAUUGCAUCCCCAUCAAUUCACAUCUAAGCCAGCAUAA